GGCUGGCUGAAGCUGGAGCUGCGGCGGACAGCAGCUGAUUCAGUUUCACGGCUCGCACAGGACCUACCGCUGACAGGCAGCGCAACAGGGCUGCAGCUACAAACAUUUCCUGUAUCAAUACCCAAAGUGGAAAUUAUUUCAAGAGAAGCAGUGUAGAUGCUACACUUGGGUAACGCUUGGCCUUUUGAUUAGAAGUAAUGGUUCAUGAUUUGACAAGCCAUUCCCAGCUCUAUCCCUUCUAACAGUGAGUAUUUGCUGAAGACAAUGUCAUUCAAGUUGGUGAACACGUUAUACCUAGAUCACAUCUUUUGAAGAUUUACCAAAAAGUGCACCAACACUAUCAACAGGAAGUUGUGAAAUGUUGUUAUUUCACCACCCAGAAAUAUUUUAAUUCUGUCAAAUAUUUUUUAUUGUCAGUAACUGAAGUAGGACUCCUUUUUUAUUCUCAUUGUAUGUUUGGUUCUUUCCACCUUGUGGAUUUGUUUUUCACUGCUGCCUAUGGAUUCUCACAAAUCCACACCUCCUUUGGACCAUAUACUGAAGCAUGAUUGCUAUCUGUUUGGAUUAGAAGCUAAGAUAGACUGACCUUUUUAUAGUUGUGUUUUGUUUUGUUUUUUCUGUUUGCCAAGUGGAUGAUUCGCCAAGUUACCCAAAGUAGAAAUGGAUUGGAGGACUGACAGCUGGUUGAAACCUACCCUUUGGAUUAUUAUGUUUUGGACACCUUGCUGCUGCUAUUUUACUUUAGCACGAUAAGAGUUUUUAAAGAUGGGAAAGAGACAGAAAUAUCUGUCACCUGAUUGCACAACUUAGUUUCUUUCCCAUCAUAUUUCUGAAAUUUUUGCUGUUUUUUGUGGUUCAAGUUACUUUUAAAGAUGAACUGCAGCAUCUUUUUGUGUUCUCCCACCCUGAUGUAGGCCUCUUUGGUUUCCCUAUAAAAAGGACAAGAGAGGCAUAUGAUAAAUUAAGAAGGCUGAAACCCCCUAAAGGAUAUCCUCACAUAAGUGAAAGAAACAGUACUAUAGUAGCUGAGCCACUGUGGCAGCCAGUGGCGUUGCGGUAUCAUGGCAGCAGAUCACGGCGAGCUGCUUGCUGAAAUGGCAACCAUGGGGCGUCUGAGUGCCACAGAGCGGCUCAAGCAUGCCAAGAAGCGCCGCGCUCAGCAGCUGAAGGCUUGGGCACAGAUGGAAAAGGAUGCAGCACGAGGGUCGAGGGCCAAAGCAGAUAAGAAGAAGCCACGCACCACCAAAGUGACAUUCCCCAGUGCUGUCACCCUGCUUGAUGCUGCUUCCCGCAACGACCUGGAUGAAGUGAGGGAGAUGCUUAACAGCGGAAUCAACCCAGAUCUGGUCAACGAGGAUGGUCUGACGGCUCUGCAUCAGUGCUGCAUUGAUGAUUUUGUGGAGGUAGUGCAGUGUCUACUAGACGCUGGUGCCAAUGUGAAUGCUUGUGACAGUGAGUUGUGGACCCCUCUGCACGCUGCUGCCACCUGUGGACACACUGGUCUGGUGCAGCUCCUGAUUCAGGCUGGGGCCGAUCUGCUGGCUGUCAAUGCGGAUGGCAACAUGCCUUAUGACAUCUGUGAGGACGAGGCUACCCUUGAGCUGCUGGAGAUGGUUAUGGCUGAACAGGGGAUAACUCAGGACCGUAUAGAUGAAUGCAGAGGGGCUAAAGAGGCGGCUAUGCUGGCUGACAUUCGGGCUCUGGUUCAGAGCGGAGCAGAUUUAAACGCACAAGAUGAUAAUGGAGCAACUCUGCUCCAUAUCGUAUCUGCUAACGGCUAUAUGUCUGUGGCUGAGCUGUUACUAGAGAACAAGGCUCAGGUGGAUGUGAAGGACUCUGAUGGGUGGACUCCACUGCAUGCUGCCUCCUGCUGGGGACAGAUGCAGAUGGUGGAACUGCUGGUGGCACACGGAGCCAAUCUAAAUGCAAAGUCCAUCUUAGAGGAGACACCACUAGAUUUAUGUGUUGAUGAGGAAGUCAGAGCCAAACUGAUGGACUUGAAGCACAAACAUGAUGCCAUCAUGAAGAGCCAGGACAGGCAGAAAGGCACACUGCAAAGACGAGCGUCUAGCACAGGAAGCAGAGGUAAAGUGGUGCGUCGCGUCAGCGUGAACGAGCGCUCCAGUCUCUACCGCCGGGAGCACCACAAAGAGGCCAUGGUGUGGCAGGAACGCGGUCGACAGCCCGAGCCGCAGGACGACGAUGAGGACAGACAGACCGACAAUGAGUUGCACCAGCAUGCCACCAUGGUUGCUACUCGAGGUGCAGCAACAUCACAUUUGGAAGAACUGGAGGCUGCAGACAGGAAAAUUAUGCCCAGCCUAGGGAAUGGAGAGACCUCUGUUUCUCUGGCAUCUUCUGUACCUGGAGAGCAGUGGAGUGGGGGAGGAAUCAUGGAGCGCAGCGCCUCCUACCAGCUCGGCUCUGCGUCUGGAGCGGGGUCUGCAGAGGGCGAGGGGGCAGACAAUAUGACUCGGGAGAAAUCACACCACACCUUGGCUGACCUGAAACGCCAGCGGGCAGCUGCUAAGCUCAAUAAAUACCAAGCACCUGCACCACCGCUGCCCUCGCCCGUUGAGGAGGAGCCCUCUGUUGCAGCAGCUGAGAUGACAGCCAUUCAGGCUCAGCCAGAACCUGAAAUGACGCCUGCCGCUGAGGCAGUCUCCCCCAGCCAGGUGUACUUCACCCCAGCCAGUGGAGAUCCUCCACUUCUGAAACUCCGAGCCCCUGAGGAAGAGCAGUCCAACAAUAAGGAGCCUUGCUGUGGACUCAUGUAGAAAGAAUCAUGCAAUCAGACAAAUAUGCUGCCUAUAAAGUACAAAAGCUGGUGGCAAAAAGUGGCAAAAAACCCCUGUUAAAACAGACAUGCUUUAAGUGAAUCACUGGAGACUCUUUAGGUUAAGGCUACAUGCCAAUGAUGGAUCAAUCUGCUUUGCAUUUCCAAGUGAACUAAAGUGCAAUCUGUGAUUAUUCCUCCUUUGAUUAGCUUUCUCAUUACUGUUGCACAUUUCACACCUUUAGCAGGUCCUAGCUGUCCCUCCUGCUUCACCUACAGGAGAACUCCAGAUUGUAGUCUUGCAGUUAGAAGCAGACAGCUCCCCCUCUCCAUUUUUUGGGGCAUUACAUUACUCAUCUCUUAAAUACACAAUUAGACUGGCUGAAAGCCAUAGAAUCAUGUGAAGUUUUCUAGAUAAGGCAGAAGACUGAAUUGCAGCUGAUUUGUUUUAAAUCAAUGAGGUUCUUUUUUUUUUUUUUCUUAAUGAGUGCUAUGACAGGUACAUGAUCUACAUUAGCGUACAUUUAUAUUGUAAACGAGAGUGAAAGAGGUUUGUUUCUUUAUGGGGGAUUGAUCAUGAUUGGUUUAAUCAAUAUUCUGAAUUUAUAUUUAAUGAAGAUGGACCGUUUCCUUGCUUGAUUUAUUUUUUCUCUCCUUUGGACUGAAAAACAUUUUCUCUUGUUGCUUUCAAGUGCACAAAAUUUGAAAUGGUGCAAUUUGCUAAUGAACCAUUUGUCUCUACUGUGGGGAAAUUUAGCUCAGCCUCAUCAUCAUCAUCAUCUAUCAGAUUCCUAUUUUUCUGUCAGUAUUUCUAUUUUUCUACCCUCAGAAUGUAAUCAUAUUAUUUAUUCUUCCUGAUCCGGAGACAAUUUAUAAAAAGAAAAUUAUGAUAUGUUUGUGUUAACUGAAUUGUCAAAGAGUCUGUUUAGUUUUCUUGUCAAACUGAGCAAACGUGUCACGAUUGUUUAUCAGAGGUUGGUGCCUUCAUUAAAUGUCUUAUUUAAAAAAAGGUUUGCAACGCUUGCACGAAGUCCCACGUUUAAAUUUUGUGAGCAGUGGGAUUAUUACAUAAUCGGUCUGACAUGGACUUGAUGUACGCUCAAUGCACUCUUUUUCUGUAUUGCAUUUUAGUUUUGUUAGUGAUUUUUACUGAUCCCUGUUUAGAAAAACAAAACAUAAAAACAUGUUUUCACAAAU